AUGCUGCUGCUCCCUCCGGAGGUGCUGAUGGGAGGCACCUUCACGAGGGAGUGGCUCGCAGGGGUUCCCAAAAUGUUCACCGGCGAAGUGAGGGCGGCCCUCUUUGCUCUGCCCUCGCAGUUCCUUCUCCACUUCGUCAUCGCUCGACUGUGGGCUGCAACGCCCGAUGAGCUGGAGAGGCGUGUGCACCUGGCCGAGUGCGAUCUGGGGGAUAUGCGGAUGCAGUUAGCGUUGCAUUGGAUGCAGGAGAAGCUGUCACGCACGUUGGUCGAGAAGUUUAGUCCACUGCUGGCACUCGACGAACCCAUGCACUGGGCCAAUCUGCUACAAGCGUCCAGUCUUGUGGUGGAAGCGCUGUCUACCUUGGAACUUCCCUUCCUACGCAACUCGACCGCGCUAAAGUUGAAGGAGAAGAAAACGAGGAGGAGGAGCAAGACCGUCUACUAG